AUGCAGGCCAAGAAGAUUGACUGGGUGCUGUUGGCCUACUUUGCGCUGUGGUACUUGGGCAACUAUUACUACAACAUCACAAACAAGCUGGCUCUGAAGGCGGCCGGAGGCGCGAAGGGCUUCCCGAUGACUAUUGCGACGAUGCAGGCAGAAGACUGCUGGUUUGCCAAUGGUUUUCAUAUGUUUUCACUCGGUUUUGGCGGGGCACAGGCCAGGUUGUAG